AUGUGCCUUCGUCGUACUUCAGUUUCGAGCAACAUCGAAGGAAAAACUUACUUCUGCACACCAAUGGAGAAUUACAACGUGUUCAUGUUUCUUCCGGCUACCAACAAAUCGCAUCCGUUGUCGGAUAAUAGUGUCUUCGUGCUAGCUUCCAGGAUGGAUUCAUUUUCAAUGUUCGCCGAUAUGAGUCCUGGUGCUGACUCCGCACUCAGUAACAUGGUAGCUAUGCUGAGCAUAAUCGAGGCGCUAGGACGUGCACAGUCGACAAUCAAACUUCUCAGUGAGAAAAAUGACAAGCAUCUGUUUCUGGCGUUUUUUAACGGCGAAAGUUUCGAUUAUAUCGGUUCUUCGCGAAUGAUCUGGGAGAUGGCCAAAGACGAAUUUCCUCAGCCGCUUAAGAACGGAACUGAAGAGCAGCCUGCUUUGUUUCACCUGUCGAACAUAGCCUUUUUCCUUGAAUUGAACCAGUUGGCGUUAUCAGGCGAUGGUCGACUUUUCCUCCAUGUUGAUCCGUUGUCCUAUGCGAAGGCAGACGUUCAGCGGCAGGUCGAACAUGUAUCGUCGCAACUCAUGAACUUCGGCGAUGGAAUGUUCAUCGGUUACAACAAGUCCAUUCCCCUCCCACCUGCAUCGCUGCAGAGUUUUCUCAAGGCCCGUCCAGACCUUCCUGGUCUGGUGAUCACCGAUCAUCUUUACGAAUUUAGCAACAAGUUUUACAACUCGUUUAUGGAUCAACCACCGAGAAUCAAUCAGCUGAAGUUCGCCAGAGUCGUGAAGCACGCUGGCGACGCAAUUUUGAACUUGAUUUUCCUAUGGUUGAAUAAUGGAGUCGAGCAACAAAUGAUUCCAGAAAUCGAUAUCAAAAUGGUGGACACCCUGCUCAAAUGCCUGCUUCACUUUCCAGACUGGAACUGUACGAGCCUUCGACAGAUCAUCGACAGUUUACCUGGCACCUAUCCAAUGCAACGCACUUACAUCGGAUCAUCUCUGAACCGUAUUUUCGCCACGUACUUCUCGUCGUUUUUCCUCGGGAAUGAAGUGAAGAAAGACGAAUGCAAAGAUGACGACGGUGUGGUCAAUAUUCUUGCCUACAGAUCAAUGAAAAACCCGUUUACCGAUGAUAAUUCUAGCCAUUGCAUCGCGUCUACGGUGAUGAUAUCACCGGCCAGGUCGCCUGCAUUCGAUAUUGAAGAUUACGACUGGAAGUCGGGCACGUAUUCCACAUGGGCUGAAUCCGUCUGGUUGCGUCCAAGAAUGAGAAUUUUCCUAAUGAGUAGCCCAAGUUGGCACAACACGGUUUUCGGCAUUGGACUAAGCAUAUUUUUAUUAUCCAUUUUUAUUACGUAUACCGUCAAAAAUGGCGCAGACAUCUUGUUUGCUUCCAACAUUUCUGAGGUGUGA